AUGGAACUGAUUCUCCAGGUCAUCAGAGCAGUCUACGAAUUCAAGAAGACAGGUUCCAUUACUAAACGUAAAAGUACCGGAAGACCACGAGUUCCUGACGAAAUGGUAGACGCAGUUAGACACAGUUUCACGCGUUCUCCGCGAAAGUCCACUAGCAGAGCCGGAAGUGAACUUGGUAUUCCCCAGCCAACCGUAUGGAAAAUUUUGCGGAAACCAUUGCGAUUCAAACCGUCUACAGAUGCUACAAAGCUUACGAUCUGA